AUGGCAUCUGCCAUCGACAUUGUUAACGUCCAUGCCGCCAAUCACGCUUCUAGCGACCCCGGAGUCGACCUUCGCAAAGAGAUAGUGGUUGGCCUAUCCAAGCCUCUCGGCCACAAAUCUCUGCCCACGAUGCUGUUAUAUGACGAACACGGCCUCCGACUCUACGACGAUAUUACCACGAAAGCUCCCGAGUAUUACCCCUUCCCAGCUGAGGAAGACAUUCUGAAAAGGCAUGUUGUGGAUAUUGUGCGUGCCAUGCACGCUCUAGAUGGGGGCCAGCUCAAGUCGGAGGAAGUCGUGGUAGAGCUUGGCGCUGGAGCCUUGAGAAAGACUUCCCACAUUCUAUCAGCCCUCGCCAGUCUGGUUCCCGCCACUAUGCAUGACCCCAUCACUUACUAUGCCCUCGAUCUGCAAGAGCGCGAGCUCGAGCGUACUUUGAAGGAGCUUCGCCAAUCCGAUGUCGGAGAGAAGAUUCAUGGCAAGGUAGCUACGCGGGGCUUGUGCGGUACGUACGACGAUGGUCUGCAGUACAUUCAAGAGGGUGGCUUGGAAGGCCGGGACACACCACCAUCCACUCCUGGCGGUCACUCUCCCCUUCACAUCUUGUUCCUGGGCUCCUCGCUGGGCAACUUCACCCGUGGCGAAGAUGCCGCGUUCCUACGUUCUCUGCCUCUCCGCCCUGGGUCCGGUGAUACACUACUGCUUGGUUUGGAUCACGGCAACGAUCCUCACGAGAUCGAGGUGGCGUACAACGAUCCCAAAGGUAUCACUAAGGCGUUCAUCAUGAAUGGCCUCAAAUGCGCUGGCAAGGCUCUGGGCGACGAAGAGUUGUUCAGCGACGACAAGUGGGAGUAUGUUGGAAGAUAUAAUGAACAAGAACGUCGUCACGAGGCAUUCUAUAAGUCUCUUUGCACACAUAGCGUCAUUGAUCCUGUUACAAAAUCAAGCUACUCAUUCGCCGCUGAUGAGUUGGUCCGCAUCGAGGUGUCAUACAAGUACUCAGAGUGCGACGCUUACUCGCUCUUCGCGGAAGCUAGUUUGCGACCUAUUCAACGCUGGACAGACAGCACUUCGAAGUACUCUUUGUGGUUGCUUGAACGUCCUUCCUUCAUGUUCCCUCUUCUCAAAACCCCCGCGUCAGCGGAGGAAGUAUCAAGUGUGGUUCGCAAGAGCGAAUCUGCUAACACUCCCUUCGGCAUGCCGACCAUCGAAGAGUGGAAGGACAUGUGGGCCGCGUGGGACUUCAUAACCCAGCGCAUGAUCCCUCAAUCUAUGCUCUUCCAGAAGCCGAUCGAUCUACGCCACAUAUGUUUGUUCUAUCUGGGGCAUAUCCCGACGUUCUUGUCAAUCCACCUCUCUAGGCUCCUCGCGGAGCCAGACACAGAGCCGAUUGAGUUCAAAUAUAUCUUCGAACGUGGCAUCGAUCCGAUCGUUGACGAUCCUACUCAGUGCCACCCCCACUCUGAAGUCCCGCAGCGUGACGAGGAUUGGCCAUCUAUGCAUAAUAUUCUGACCUUCCAAUAUCGAGUGCGACAGCGCAUCUUUAAGCUGUACGACGACAUCGACUCAGGAGCCGUGACUCUCACUAGAAAGAUUGCACGCGUGCUGUUCAUGACUCUCGAGCACGAAGCCUUCCAUGCAGAGACUCUCUUGUACAUGCUCUUGCAGCGCGCAGGCACUGGCACCAUCCCGCCCAGCGGGUUCAGCCCCCCGGUAUGGGAUGUACUUGCUGAGUCUUGGGACCGUGCACCUCCGCCGAAGACGGACAUUAUGACACUUGAGCCGGCGACACUCACUAUAGGACACGACGACGACGAGGCCGAUGAUGCCUCGACUGACAUCGCCGGGCACGAGUUCGGCUGGGACAACGAGCACCCGAAGCGCGAAGUACACGUUGGCAAGUUCAAAAUCGAGUGUCGGCCCGUCACCAACGGCGAAUUCUAUGAGUACUACAACGACAAGGGCAAGGAUGUCGUAGACUUCCCAGCGAGCUGGAUCCAGGUCGAAGGCGAAACUCAUGUCCGCACCCUGUAUGGCCCCGUGCCCAUGAAGAUUGCUUGGCACUGGCCCAUCAUUACGUCGUACGACAACCUAUCUACUUAUGCCAGCGUCAAGGGCGGUCGCAUUCCGACCGAGCCGGAGCUACGACUCUUCUUCGACAUGUUUGAGUGCGGCUAUGAGGGUGGGGCUAACAUUGGAUUCCGGAACUGGCACCCCAUUCCGGCGACGAUGGGGGGAGAGAAGGACGGGGGAAAGGGUCACAACGGCGGUGUGUGGGAGUGGACAUCUGAUGUCCUCGCAAAACAUGAGGGAUUUAUCCCGUCUCGUCUCUAUCCUGGCUAUUCUACUGACUUUUUCGAUGGCAAGCAUCAAGUUGUGAUCGGUGGCUCUUACGUCACGGUUCCACGCCAGGCUGGGCGCCGUGCCUUGCGAAACUAUUAUCAGCAUAAUUACCCCUACGCUUGGGUCGGCGCCAGAAUCGCGUAUGACGUGUAGAAAGCAUGGCCAUGGUCUCCCCAUCUGUAAUCUUGACCCAUCGGGCCAUGCAAUCUCUGUAAAAUGUACUCUGUAUUUUGCCUGUAUCAAUGCUAAGUAUGACCGUUCG